UCCAAAUGGACAAAAACUUGAUUUAAAUCUUUUCUGAGUUUAUUCGAGCCAACAAUAUAUAAGUACUUAAAGUCAUCUGUUCGUGAAUCAUUAAUUGUUUCUUACAGUUGCCGUUGCCCUUCAGCGUGACGUCAUUACAAGAGGUCCUCACAGCAAGAUUCGGUAGGCCAACAACUUGACUUACAAUGACCGAAGGCGUGAUUGACCAGGGGACAAACUGUACAAAAUUGAGCUCGCGUUCGACAGAUAUAGCUGCAACGUACAUGGAAUGGUACAAGCGCCAUACCCUGUAUUUCAAGCUGAAACAUAACAUUAAGAGCAUAUACCUGUCCAUCUGGCGCAAUAAUUCACGGCGACGAGCCUUGUUAUCACUGCUCACAAGAGUUGUGCAGACAUCGCAACGAGAGGUGACCGUGCCUAUACAAGAAUGGGACAGACAUCCCCUUGACGUUGUCGCAAUCCUCCACGAAGGCCAUAUCACCAGAUUCGUGUGUGACAGAUUUGUGGAGAAAGAUGGAACGCGUGGCUGGUAUCAGUCAUUAGGAGCUCAGGAUGAUUUUGCGUCUACUGAGGGACACAAUAAUGCAUGUCUUACACAUCAGAUGGGUACGAGCAUCGGCGGGACAAUGGCACCUUCGAGGAGCAGUUGA